GGUAGGAGGAGUGGGAAUCACAAGCAUCGCUCCGCUGCCGGAGAGUUGGAAAGCAGAGAUUUUUCAACAAUAAAGCGUUUAUUUGUCUUUUCUUUUUAAGAUGACGUUAGUCAGAGUUCAUUCGGGUACAUCCUAGGAAGUUCUCCGAGGAGAGAAAGAUUAUGCUGUAAAUGUAUCAAGAACCUGGAGCCAAGCAUGAAAAAGGCGACCAAGCCCACGGCCGCCUCCUCCAGAACCUCAGGAGGCUCUAAAGCCCCAGGCAGACCAGAGGGAAGCAGCAUUAUGGGCACAGGUGGCAAGAUGACUAACAAAACUCAGAGUUCAGCUCCACUGCCUAAGGCAAAGAGUAAUGAUGAUCUCCCAGCGGUGAGCAGUGGAGCUGUAUCCGUUAGCAACAGUAACACUUCUGCUAGAAACAAGAGAGGGAGCUCCUCUCAGAACACCAACAGCACUGACACCAAGUCGAAGACCAGUUCAGGUCUUUCAGGAAAGCGUGCCAUGUCAUCCACAGUCAAGGAUCCAGGCACGACCCGAGAGAACUUGCGAGAACGUACCAGAGCUAGUGUUGCCAAAAAGGCUGUUGCACCCACAGAUGCCAUGCUUCCAAAAAGAUCACGAUGUGGUACCCUAGCAGAGACAGAUUCUCGGACAAGCAAAUCUCGCUCAGACAACCAGAUAAGCCAUAAAGCAGUGCUGGAGUGUCAAGUGAAGGACCUGCUUGGCUUAGCCAAGACCAAAGACCUGGAGAUCCUCCAUCUCCGCUCUGAACUUAAAGGUAUGAAGGCUCAGCUUGGUCUGGAAGAACUUGAGGCCCCUAAUCCAGAACAAGUAUCUCAAGACAACAAGCAGCCUCAGGAGAAAGAGGUUUCUUCUGUGAUCAGUGCCACAGAUGUAGAGUCCACUCUCCUCCUCCUUCAAGACCAGAACCAGGGCAUCCUUGAUGAGCUAAAUAUGCUGAAGAGUGAAAACCGGAUGCUGAAGGAUCGUCUAAAUGCUCUCGGCUUUUCUCUGGAGCAUCGUCUAGACAGCCCUGUCAAAGGUCUGUGCUGCCUGUCCCUCAGUCCUGAGCCUGUAGCUGCUGGCUGCAGUGGAGGUCACUGUGAACACAGGGGUGGUGGUAUGUGUCCAUCUUCUGCAGAAGGCUCUGCCCAAGGCUCUAUAGAGGACCUGCUGUCAGAAACAAGACGUUUAGGCCCUCCUGAUGCAUUGGACAGUGAGUGCAGUGAGGCCUACCAGCCGAUCACCUCCAGCGAUGAUGCUCUGGAUGUGCCUUCAGGUUGUGGAUCGUCUUCUGAAUCAGAAGGAGGGCCACCGAGCCGGGAACGUUCCCGCAGGGGCAGCAGUGGGAACACUAGUGAAGUUUCCAUGGCCUGCCUGACUGAGCGCAUCCAUCAAAUGGAGGAGAACCAGCACAGCACGGCAGAAGAACUCCAGGCCACUCUGCAGGAGCUUGCUGACCUGCAGCAGAUCAUACAAGAGCUGACCACAGAGAAUGAACGCCUGGGUGAGGAGCGUGCCAUUCUGGUUGACUCCCUCUGUCAACAAGGGGAGCGUCUGGAACUAUACGGAAGACAGCUGGACUACUUCCGUGGCCUGCUGGAUGAGCAUCGAGUGGCCUACGCCAAGGAUGAAGAUGCCAAAAGCGUCCGAUAUGUGGAGCUGGAAAGGCGCUACGCCGAGCUGAACGAUGGCUCACAUUUUGAGCGGGAGCAGCUGCUGGGUGUUCAGCAACAACUAAGCAGUGCUCUCAAGAUGGCAGAACAGGAGAAUGCAGAAGCCCAAGGCCUGAUGGGAGCAUUGAAGGAGCGUGUCCAUGUGGCGGAGAGAGCUGUGGAAAUGGAGCGGAGGGAGCAGGCAGUUGCCAAUGCGGAGCUGGAAGCGCUGAGGGUAGUGUCCGAAGGGGGGCAGGUGGAGCUGAAUCGCUGCAGGAUCCAACUUGAGCAAGAGCGGCAGAGAGUUGCCCAGCUCCUCUCCAUUCACAACGCAGGGGAUAAAACAGACAUCCGCUACCUGCUGGACAGCGAGAGAUUAGACAAAGAGCGUGCAGAGGCCAAAGCAGCUCAGUUACAAGAGGAAUUGGGGUACACACGCAGUGAAGCUGCCCAGCUCCAGGACGCAAUUUGCAAGCUUGAGGGUGAGUUCCGAGCAUUUCGUGAUGAUGUCCAGGCACAGUUAGUGGAGCAGAAGCAGCUCCUGGAGCAGCAGUGCUCUGAGCUAGAGGAGAAGGAUACUGAGAUCGCUGACAUGAAGGAGACCAUCUUUGAGCUAGAGGAUGAAGUCGAGCAGCAUCGUGCUGUCAAGCUCCAUGACAACCUCAUCAUUUCUGACCUGGAGAAUUCUAUCAAAAAAUUACAUGAUCAGAAAUAUGACAUGGAGAAAGAGAUUAAAGUUCUUCACAGAAAAUUGCGGGAGGAAUCAGCCGAGUGGCGUCAGUUCCAAGUUGAUCUGCAAACAGCGGUCGUAAUCGCCAACGAAAUCAAGACAGAAGCUCAGGAGGAGAUCGGAGACCUGCGUCGCCGCUUACAUGAAGCUCAGGAUAAAAAUGAGAAGAUAAACAAAGAGCUGGAUGAACUAAAGAGCAAGAACCAGGAAGAGGAGCGUGGCCGAGUGUAUAAUUAUAUGAAUGCCGUGGAAAGAGACUUGGCCGCACUGAGGCAGGGGAUGGGCCUGAGCAGACGGUCCUCCACUUCCUCUGAACCUUCACCCACAGUCAAAACACUCAUCAAGAGCUUCGACAGCGCCUCACAAGGUCCUGUUCCAGCUAGUCCUGCCGCUGCUGCUGAUGUUGCUGUUGCUGCCGCUGCCGCUAUUUCCAGAACGCCUCUCAGUCCCAGUCCCGUCAAAACCCCUCCAGCCGCUGCUGUCUCUCCUAUGCAGAGGCACACCAUAAGCUCAGUCAAACCUCUGUCGUCAGCGCUGGACAAGAGGCCGAGCUACACAGACCUGAGCAUACCAGCAGACCACCUCCUCCGGACCUCACCUGUAACACGCCCCAGCUGCAGCCUCCAGAGGGGGACAAACAUAGAUUCAACUAAGUCCAUAUCAGUUUCUCGCAGAAGCAGCGAAGAGUUAAAGAGAGAUUUGUCGGUAACCGAUGCAUCCACGGCAUCUUCAGUCCUCGCGCUGGGCUCGUCUUCUCCCCAGCUGUCUUUAUCGUCCAACUGCUCUUCCCCGACUGCCUCUGUCACGCCCACCACACGAGGACGUUUACGAGAGGAACGGAAGGACCCUCUGUCUGCGUUAGCCAGGGAAUAUGCAGGAUCCAAGAGGAAUGCUCUGCUCAGGUGGUGCCAGAAGAAGACUGAGGGUUAUCAGACCCGGGUCUGUUCCUGCCUCUCCAUCUCCUGCUGUUGUGGCCCACUCUGAUGAACUCAUCACUUCCUUCCACUCCACUCUCCGUGGGUUGCCACAAAGCUCUGCCAAUUUACGCCAUCCCUUUGCACAUUUACACCGGCCUGCCACAUCUGAUAAAGGCUGUUCCUCUUUUUGCUAGAGGAUGCGGGUGAUAGCGUAAUCUGAAAGAGAGUGAUUUUGUUUCUUUUGGAAACUCGAAUGUAGAUCAGAGGAAUGGGUGAACAAAUAUCAGUUCCAGUAAAUUGUCACAAUACAGCCUACGUAUUUCAUUCUUGAUUCCAGAUUUAACAAACAAAGCAAGUCUUGAGAACAAAAAACACAUAUAAUAGAAAAAAAAAAGCAUGAUGAUGCUUUUUAAUUAUACUUGCUAGCUGCUUUAUCAUAAUUGCACCAAUAUUACCUCUCAGAAAUUUGGGAACGGUAAAGAAGUCUCUUAUAUUCAUGAAGGCUGCAUUUGUUUGAUCAAAAACACAGUGAAAACAGUAAUACUGGGAAAUAUUAUUCUAAUUGUUUUCUAAUUGAAUAUAUUUUAAAAUGCAAUUGAUUUCUGCGAUGGAAAGCUGAAUUUUCAGCUUCAUUACUCCAGUCUUAAGUGUCACAUGAUCCUUCAGAAAUCAUUCUCUGUUAUAAACAUCUCUUAUUAUUAUCACUGUAAAAAACGUCUUAGUAGAAAGCCGUUUGAGGAAGCCAUGAUACUUUUUUCCAGGAUUCUUUAGCAGAAAGUUCAAAAGAACAGCAUUUAUUUGAAAUAUAUAUUUUUUGUAACAAUGUGAAGUCUUAAAGCCCUUGCUGAAUAAACAUAUUAAGUUCUUUUCAAAAAGUCUUACCAGCCACAAAAUUAUGAAUAGUAGUCUAUGUACAUAUGCAACACGUGAGAACUGUAGAUCUGAGGAGGGCAUUAAUGAACGCAGAGCCUCUUUCCUGGUCACAACAACACCAUAAAUGGCCCCAACGAGUCGGGUGGCUACUUCCGUGUAUGGAUUGAAGCAUGUGUGAAGUAUGUUGAUACAGAUAAGCAAGGCUGUUGAACAAACACUUCAGCACAAGGUGAGACUGUCAGUGAGUGAAUAUGAAGAAGUAGGUGAACACUAUUCUCAGAACAGCAUUAAAGUUCAAUUUGGUUCCAUUUUGUGGCAGUGCAUGAGAAAAUAGUUGGUGUGCACCAGUGUAUCUAGAAAACAUCUCAUCCAUCUAGGUGUAGGUGUUGUAAACAUGUUAUUUUUGAAACUAUUGUUAUUUACAAACCAUUUCUGACCCAGAAAUAGUGCAUUUUAUGUAUGUAAUUUUACAUGGAAUAUGAGAUUUAUAUUCACAUAUUCAGGACUGUUUACGAACAGAAUUUUGUUAAAUAUUGUGUCUUGUGUUCAUGUUCAGUAAAAUGACCUUAUCUGUGGUUGAAAGCACUAAAUAGGCAAAAUAUUUACUAAACAAACAAUGUAAUGUUUGCGUGUAAUGUAAUGCAUGUAGAAAGAUAAGGUUUUUUGUCAACAUGCGCUGUAAGUAGGGUGACCAUAUGCGCCGUUCAUACGGGACACGUUCCAGAGAAGUUUGACCAAUAACACGCAGGUAUUGUACAUAAUCGACCAAUCGUGGGGCUGCGUGUGAGAAGGUGAGAUCUAGAGGGAACGGUCAAAGCGAUGCAAAUAUGCACACGCGUUCGUUCGAUUUGCCUUGAAGCGUCGCUGAGCACAAAUCCCAAAAAAAACCAAAGUGCGCCACAAUGCUUCAAGUAAAACGAACGAACAAACACAUGAAAGCGAUUCGAAAGCAUAAGGAGCCCUCUCCUCUGCUCUUUAUAGCUCUCAUGAAUGUUACAAAACGAUCAACCUGCACAGUGCAAAUAGCCAAAACCUGGAUGUUUUAGGCAAUAUUAAAAUCCUGGCUGGGACUUGUCCCGUAUGAACGGCGCAUAUGGUCACCCUAGCUGUAAGUGUCUCCAAAUAAGAUAGGCAUGCUUAAUUGUAUGAAAAGCAAUGUGUCCAACGUUUGUGUAAACAUUGGGGAAAAAAAAGACAUUAUUUCUGUCAAGAUUUACAGCUGUGGCUCUUAACUACACCCAUAAUGUCACAGGGACACCGAAAGAUUCACUGCUUCAUCAGUCCCCUGAAUCACCCACCCAAUCCCAUCAGUUCAUCUACUGAAAUUGUAAUUUUUGA